CUGGGGGGAAAGAAGAAGAGUGAGAGUGACACAAUAAAACACGAUGCCACAUUGCUAAUUCUAUCAUCACACUAUGAACUAUGGCUGACCCUCCUCCUUGUGGCUGAAGUGCAUGAGAGGAGAUCAUCUAUGAGAAAUACCAUCACUGGCAAGCAAAUGAUUGUCUUCCUGGGGGCUUAACUCAACAAUGAAGAUUCUUGAUUGUCCUCCUCUGCUGAAAGACAGAGCUGCCAAUGCCACAUAAGCUGUCUGAAAUUCCUAGAUGAAUUUCUGAUGUAGUGAAGAACAUUAUCCCAUCAUCAUCUCUGAAGUGCUGUUCAUCUGCCGAUCUAGCAAGCUUCUGUAUGUGGAUUGGAGAAGGGCCCUCUUAAGGCUCCCUUAUUAUACUUACUAUACCAGGCUCCUUUAUUAUACAUCUGUUCCAGGCAGCAAAAUGUCUUAGGCCAGCCUUGGAUAUUUUACAACUAAUUCUGAAUCUCUGGUCCAAAGGCUCAGACGAUAACAUGGACUGGGGAACGCUGCAAGCCGUUUUAGGAGGGGUAAACAAACAUUCCACUAGUAUUGGAAAGAUAUGGCUGACAGUGCUCUUCAUCUUCCGUAUUAUGAUCCUUGUGGUUGCUGCAGAAGAAGUCUGGGGUGAUGAGCAAGAUGAUUUUGUCUGCAAUACUCUGCAACCAGGAUGCAAAAAUGUCUGCUAUGAUUAUUUCUUCCCGGUUUCUCAUAUCAGACUUUGGGCCCUCCAACUCAUCUGUGUCUCCACUCCUGCACUUUUGGUGGCAAUGCAUGUUGCAUACAGAAGGCAUGGAAAGAAAAAGAAGUUCCGAAGAGGAGAUAAAAACUGUGAAUAUAAGGACAUAGAAGAAAUCAAGAGACAAAGAUUUCACAUUGAAGGUCCCUUAUGGUGGACAUACACUGCCAGUAUCUUGUUUAGGCUUAUUUUUGAAGCUUCUUUCAUGUAUGUGUUUUACUAUAUGUAUCAGGGGUAUCAUAUGCCUCGCCUACUGAAAUGCAGCAUUUCGCCUUGUCCCAACAUAGUGGACUGUUUUGUUUCCCGACCCACUGAAAAAACAGUCUUUACUAUUUUUAUGAUUGCAGUUUCUGCUGUUUGCAUUCUGCUAAAUGUAACGGAGUUCUCUUACUUGCUGCUGAAGUUUUGCGUUAGAAGGUCUAGGAGAGCAAGAACCCCAAAAAAUCACACCAACCAUGAGAACAAAGAGGAAAAUAAACAAAAUGAAAUGAAUGAGCUUAUAUCGGAUAGUUGCCAGAACACAGUAACAGGAUUUCCUAGCAGCUAAGGUGACCGCAAGCCUAGUAUGCAUUUGCUGCAGAAUACAUGGUUACGUUAAUAGGUGCCCGUGAAAUUGAUUAUAUUUAACUAAGGAAUAAAUCAAGUGGGUAAACAUGAGUAUUACUACAUGGUGGAAUUAGGCAUGUUUAAUGUUUUUUUAAAGGUCAAUAACAGCAUAAGAAUCUAAGGUUAAUAAGGAUUACAAAGGAAUUUACAUCCUUACAAGCAUAUCCUUAUCGAGUCAGCUAUGAUUGUUUAGAAAGUGAUACUUCUUAGUGCCUUCCUACUUACACGGAUCCUAAAAUUAAGAGGAAGAGAAAUAGCUGCCUUCCAUGUUAAAUACUGUUAGUAUUACAAGACACUUUAUCACCACUGUAGCAAUUUUUAAUUGUAAGAUUGCAUCUAAAUUAAAGUAUUUUUUAUAAAGUCUGAGAUGUUAUGGAUGAAUGAGUAGUGCCACCUUUUUAUUAAUAUUGUUUUCUUUCAAACAAGCAUGAAUGGCAAUGUCUUCAUUAUAACAAUGCUGGAAGUGAAUAAUUUUAAAGCACAUGUCUACAUGUUGUAAAUAAUUCUAUGAAUAUUCUAUAUACUGCCAGUUAUAAAAUUUGAUAUCAUAUACCCAUGAUAUAUUCCUUUUUGAAUAAGAUAGAUAUAUUCAUUUCAUAUUCUAUUAAAGGUCUCAGAAAAUUUCUUUGUUCUUUUUUUUAAAACUUUAGACCGGAAAUGGUAAUAGUAUGACAAAGGAGGGUAGCUGGCUGAAAAUAAUGUGAAGACUUUUUCUUUCAACUGGUAUGACUAGAAUAUUAGUAUAAAGUGUUUUAAAUAAAGAA